AUGGAAACAGUUCUGGAAACGCAGCGUCGUCUUCAUGAAGAGAGAGAUCGCUUAAUAGAUAGUAUGACUAAGGAAUUUUUACACGAACGAAAAUCGCACAAAGAGAGGAUUAAUGCGGACCAUAGGGUUAGGACUCUUGUGCAGAGGUUUCAAAACACAACUACGAAGCUUCGUGAGUUAUACGAAGAUAAAGAUAAUGUACGCUCAGAAGAAUUAAGAGCUAUUGCUGGGCCCAACGAAUUUGCAGAGUUUUAUUCUCGACUGAAAUCAUUGAAAGACGCUCAUCGGCGCAAUCCUGAUGAGGUUGCUGUUCCUCUUUGUCUGGAAUUUCAAAAGAUGAAUGAAGCUAUAGAGGAUAUCGAAGCUGCUGAACGUGAUCUUGUCGAAUUUACCGAUGAGGAGGCGUAUGGAAGGUUUUUAGAUAUGCAUGCGUUGCAUACUAAGUAUUUGAAUAUAAAAGGAGUAAAGAAAAUUGAUUACCUCACUUACUUAAGUCAGUUCGAUCGCUUUUCCGAUAUUUUAAUGUCUUCUAAAAAAAGUGGUUUUUAUCGAGAAUACCUCAUUGAGCUUAAGAAUUACUUAGUUGAUUUUCUUGACCGGACGAGGCCUCUUCAUGAUGUUAACGAGACGUUUGCAAAAACUGAUGCAGAAUUUGAGAAAAAGUGGGAGGAAGCUUCAAUACCGGGAUGGGGUAAAGAGCAUCAUGGUGCUUUGACGCAUUCUGGUGCUUUUUUGGAUCUGUCAUCUUUUAAUUCUGCUGCGGAACUUGAAACCUUGGGUUUAGAUCGCUUAAAAUCUGCUCUAUUAGCUCUUGGAUUAAAAUGUGGAGGGACAUUAAAAGAGAGGGCUGAAAGAUUGUUUGCAACUAAAGGUCACAAGCUCAGUGAGAUGGAAAUCGAGGCUUUGGCUAAAAAGAAGGACGUGGAACUGAAGGAGAGAGCGAGGAUGUGUGAAACUGCAAGAAUAGAAGCUUAUAUUCAAAGACUAGCCUCUAUUCUAAACGAAGAGCGAGAAGGUACUAAAGAAAAUGUGGAAAGAAAACAGGCCAGAGGGUUAGGUGAAAGCGUGGAGGAGGAGGAAGCCGAAGCUGAUCUAUCAGAUGCGGAAGAAGAUGAUGCUAUCCCGUAUAAUCCUAAAAACUUGCCUCUUGGUUGGGAUGGGAAGCCAAUCCCUUAUUGGUUAUACAAGCUUCAUGGAUUAAAUAUUUCAUACCCCUGCGAAAUCUGUGGCAAUCAAGUUUAUAAAGGACCAAAGGCCUUUCAGAGGCACUUCAAUGAAUGGAGACACUCUCAUGGGAUGCGAUGCCUCGGUAUUCCUAAUACUGCACAUUUUGCAAAUAUAACAAAAAUUUCUGAUGCUGUCGAGUUAUGGGGGAAGAUAAGACGACAGCGCGAAUCAGUAAAGUGGAAUCCCGAGCAUGAUGAGGAAUUUGAAGACAGCGCAGGAAAUGUUGUUAAUAAGCGUACUUUUGAAGAUCUAAAACGUCAGGGACUACUUUGA